AAGACUGACUUCAACUAGUGAAUUGCUUAUAAUUAAAGCUUGGAAUGAGCAAGCAAGUGGUAGCCGGAGCCUUUCCUUAGAAGGAACUUUUUCAUUCGCUUGCUUUUUUCAGCUAGGCGAAUUUAGGUGAACCACAAAAUAUAUUGACACGACAAAACUUCCUGGAAUUCUUGAAGUGCUCAAGUUUUUUUGCGGUUCCCGGAAUCCAAGACAACUUAUAACAAUUUAUUGAGGUACUUUCAAUAGUUAGCAAAGAUGGAUGUUGGCGUCUUGCGAGGUCGUAUUGCUUCGACACUUGAUCCUGACGCAGAUACUCGUCGGCGCGCUGAACUGGACCUGAAAGCAGUAAGCAUUCCCAUGCAAAUUUUAAUUUCAAAACAUCUCUGACGACAUUUUAAUAGGCAGAAGAACACCCUGGGUUCACAGAUGCUCUCCUUGAUAUAUUACAAGCAGAACAAAAUCCUGCAGUUCGGUUAUCAAGUAUGCAAACUUCUCCGGGAUACCUAUCUACCCCGCUGUUGGCAGCUACUAACGCUUCAUUGCAGCGGUUGUCUACCUUAAAAAUCGCGUUACGAGAGCAUGGCUACCGAGCGAGACCCAACCCAAGCCGAUGGCCGACGAUGAGAAAGCUAGAUUUCGAGACCGACUCCUACCUUUCAUUGCUUCCUCCCCACCACAAAUUCGUCAACAACUUGUACCAGUCCUUCAAAAGAUUUUACAUUACGAUUUCCCAGACAGAUGGCCUUCAUUUGUAGAGAUGACCGUUCAAUUAUUGAACACAAAUGAUGCCGCAUCGAUAUUCGCAGGUUUACAAUGUCUCCUCGCCAUAUGCCGAGUUUUCCGUUUCAAGUCAGGGGAGAAUCGCGCAGAUUUCGACGCAAUUGUGGAAGCCACAUUCCCCAGGCUUUUGACAAUUGGACAGGGCUUGGUCAACGAGACGAGCGAAGAGGCUGGAGAAAUGCUUCAUAUUGUUCUCAAGGCAUACAAACAUGCAACAUUUGUAUGUAGUGGUGCCUAGUUUCAAAUAUCUGUGGAAGUGCUGACAAGAAUAGUUCGAUUUAUCUGUUUCCUUGCGCGAACAUUCAGUGGUUGUCGGGUGGUGCACACUUUUCCUUCAAACCGUUGCCAAAGAUGUUCCACCUACCGCUUUGCCAGAGGAUGAAGCUGAGAGAGAAGCCAAUCAUUGGUGGAAGUCCAAGAAAUGGUCAUACUUCAAUUUGAACAGGCUUUAUGUCCGGUAAGUAGUUCGCAGGUAAUUUGGAAUCAUUUCACUAACAUAUUUUUAUUUUUUAGCUAUGGCAACCCAACGUCUUUGUCGAAAGGCAACGGAGAUGAUUAUGCCGCGUUCGCGAAAAGUUUCACGGCCAAUUUCGCACCCGAGAUUUUGAAAGGUUACCUCCAGCAGAUCGAGAAAUGGGUCGCAAAGACAACAUGGCUCAGCAGACCCUGUCUUUCAUAUACUUUGGUGUUCCUCGAUGAGUGUGUUCGACCGAAGCAAAUGUGGGCUCACUUGAAACCACAUCUUGACAGCCUUGUUACCCACUUCCUCUUCCCAGUUAUGUGUCUAUCUGCCGACGAUGUUGAGAAAUUCGAAACCGACCCAGAGGAAUAUUUACACCACAAGUUAAAUUUCUACGAGGAAGUCUCAGCACCAGAUAACGCCGCGACCAACUUUUUGAUUACACUCACCAAAGUUCGCAGAAAGCAUACUUUUACCAUUCUUACAUUUGUGAAUUCGAUUGUGAACGAAUACGAAGCUGCGGAAGAGAGUCGGAAGAAUCACAUUGCAAAAGAAGGAGCUUUGAGAAUGAUAGGAACUUUAUCCAGCGUCAUUCUAGGAAAAAAGAGUCCAAUUGCUGAACAAGUGGAAUAUUUCUUGGUCCGAUAUGUCUUCCCAGACUUCCGAAGCACUCAAGGGUUCUUAAGAGCUAGGGCUUGCGAUACCGUUGAGAAAUUCGAACAACUCGAUUUCAAGGAUACUCAAAAUCUUCUUAUUAUAUACCGAAACAUUCUUGAAUGUAUGGCCGAUCCAGAUCUUCCAGUUCGCGUUGAAGCAGCGCUCGCGUUACAACCUUUAAUCAGGCACGACAUCAUUCGUACAAGCAUGCAAUCAAACAUCCCACAAAUUAUGCAACAGUUGUUGAAACUUGCCAACGAAGUUGAUGUGGAUGCAUUGUCAAAUGUUAUGGAGGACUUUGUUGAGGUAUUCGCAGCUGAAUUAACUCCUUUUGCCGUAGCACUAAGCGAGCAGUUGCGGGAUACAUAUUUACGAAUUGUCAGAGAACUCUUGGAGAAGAACGAAAAGAGAGAAGAUGAUGAGUAUGGCGACUAUUUGGAUGACAAGAGUAUUACUGCACUUGGAGUUUUGCAGACAAUCGGUACUUUGAUUUUGACCUUAGAAAGCACUCCUGAUGUCCUUCUGCACAUGGAGUCCAUUUUAAUGCCAGUCAUCAAGGUCACAUUGGAGAACAAACUUUAUGGUUCGAAAUCCCCUUUAUUUCUUUUUUUUUUUGAGACUUGCUGAUACUAACAGUCGCAGAUCUUUACAAUGAAGUUUUCGAGAUUAUCGACAGCUGUACAUUUGCUGCCAAAUCCAUCUCACCAACCAUGUGGCAAGCAUUUGAGCUCAUUCACGCAACUUUCAAGGCUGGUGCCGAACUUUAUCUCGAAGAUAUGCUUCCAGCUUUGGACAAUUUUGUGCAGUAUGGUAGCGUUCAUCUCGUACAAACACCACAAUACCUGGACGCCAUUUUUGGAAUGGUUGCAGAUAUGUUCGCUGAUGAGAAGGUUGGCGGUGUCGAUAAGAUUUGCGCCUGCAAGUUGGCCGAAGGUAUGAUGCUCAGUUUAAGAGGUCACAUCGAUCCAUACGUUUUGCAAUUCGUCGAUAUGGCUAUGCGAACUCUUACAAACACGGAUGUCAAGGUCAAGUCAUACAAAAUUCAUCUCAUGGAAAUGGUCAUCAACGCAAUCUAUUACAACCCAGCUUUGACUUUACACAUCCUAGAGCAAAAGCAAUGGACCAACAAAUUCUUCAGCUUGUGGUUUGCAAGCAUUGAUAGUUUCACAAGAGUACAUGACAAGAAGCUCUCAAUCGCUGCCAUUGUUUCUCUACUUACUCUCAACGCCGAUCAAGUCCCAGUCAGCGUUCAGCAAGGCUGGCCAAGAUUACUGCAGGGUAUUGUCAGAUUAUUCCAAACUCUUCCUACGGCCACAAUGAACCGUGAGGAAGCAUUGAAAGAAGAUUUCCCAGUCGAUGGCGAGGCAUAUGAUGAUGAUGACGAUGACGAGUGGGCAGGUGAUGAUAAUGCCUGGGGAGAGGAAGCUGAUGAGGGAGAUGAGGAAAAUGAUAUCAAGGAUGAGAGCAGCGCCUAUCUUGAGUUUUUGAGCGAAGAAGUGAGUAAUAAUGAUUUUGUCUCCGAUUUACACGUGCUAACCAAUUUCUAGGCUUCAAAAUUCAGCAAUCUCGAAGACCAUGACUCUGACGAUGAGCUCGGUGAAGAGAGCCUUCUCGAAACCCCUCUUGACAAGGUGGAACCAUACCAACUAUUCAAGAGUGCACUGAUCAGUAUGUGUUUUUCAAAGCAUGAUUAAGACCAUGUGCUAAUAUAUAUACAGAACUCCAACAAGAACAACCUCAACUUUAUGAAUCACUCACCACAAACCUUAACCCAUCUGAGCAAGAAAUAGUUCAAGGGGUUAUACACCAAGCAGAUGCUAAUGCAGCUGCAGCAAUUGCAUUGGCUCAGGCAGAAGCACAGCUUGGAGCUGUGGCCAAUGGAGGAGUUUGAAGAAAAAAAAGGAAUAGAUUCGUCAUUAAUGUCGAACAUUUGGAGUGGAUUAAAUGGUUGCUCAAGCGCACGUGCAUUUGGUUGGCGUUAUAAUAUGGAGGUAUGAAAUUCUAGAUGUGGAUUUCUAUCUUUGAAGUAUUCAAUGAUUAUUGAGCAUACCCUGGGUCAAAAAUAAUCCGAGGGAUGCAAGGAAAUGAAGUUGGGAUCCGAAGGUUCUGAUUAUGAUGAUGAUGAGGAAAUGAAUCUUAUCGAUUGAAUUAUUAUCGAACCGAUCAUGUAUGAGAUUGAGGAUGAAUGAGUAGGUAUGAUAUGAUAUAGUAGAUUACUUGACGAGAAGAGUUUAGCGGUUAGAUGUACGUUGCAAUACCACAAUUCCAGAAUA